AUGCAAAAACAACCGAGUUUCAAUCUGGUAAAAGUCAGUCGCGCCCUAUCCCUUCGCCGAGAACACAAAAACGUAAUCCCAAAAGAAGAGCUUCGAGCUUGGAUGAGUAGCUUGGAAGAGCUCGACAAAAAUCUCCGAGUCCGUUACGAAAGACGCCACAGACCAGCCCUACUUGAGUACAAAUUAAAACAAGCGAGUGAAGAUCUUUCAAAAGUGAAGCAAAUUUGCGACGGGCGAACGAGCGAGCUUCAAAAUGCGCUUUCCGAACUGACUGCUAACAGGACCAAAAUGAACCAAGAAAGACAGAAAUACUUUCAGUUGCACAAAGACCUGGAGGCCCAAGUGAAAGAAAUGAAAGACCAAUUGCAAGAAUCAGAAGCCAAACUUAUCGUCAAAACGCACGAAUUCGAAGAAAAACUGAAAGAAAAAGACAACGAGUUCCAGCAAAAAUGGGAAAGCGAACGACAAGAGCAAGAAAAACUCAAAGAUACAGUCGAAAAUCUCGAAAGCGAAUAUCUCGAAGAAAUAUCUGAAUUGAACGCAAGGAUUGUCAACUUGCAAAUGGAACAAGAAUCUAAAGAGAAUAACGAAGAAGAAAUGAUCAAUCCUCCACAAAGAAACGCUUCCGAAUAUACAAUAAGAAGUUCCGAAUGUCGUAUUUGCUUCGAAGCCGACAGAGCCAAGGACAGUCUUCCUUGCGGCCACUUUCUCUGCGAAGAAUGCUGCCUUCAGCAUGUGCAUCAACGGCGAACCUGCCCAUUUUGUCGAGCUCCGACUAAUCCGACUGACAUUCGCCGUUUGUUCGAUUCUUGA